UCGACCCCUCACAUCGGAUAGGAAUCAAAACAAACGAGUCGAUUGCAUUUUCGUACAUAACCUUGUCAUCGCUCAUUCCCAAUUACUCAUUCACAUGCUGUAGAAUGCAGGAUAGUUUGCUUCGUGUUGUGGCUUCAGAGUGGCGUAAAGUAGACGUUGCACGUUGCAAAUAAAAGCACGAAUUCCGACACUAUGGCAGUAUACCACGACGAGGUGGAAAUCGAAGAUUUCGAAUACGACGAGGACGAGGAAAUGUAUUACUACCCCUGCCCGUGCGGAGAUCGAUUUCAAAUAAGCAAAGAAGAAUUGAUCGCCGGCGAAGAGGUUGCUACCUGCCCCAGCUGUUCGCUCAUAGUGAAGGUAAUCUACGACCAGGAAGCCUUCCAGGCGGAGCAGGACGAGGUGCAGCCCUCAACCGCGGAGACCAAAGAACAGGAAAUUGUUUGACCCCUGGCGAUGUUGUCUUGUAUCGAAUAGUGUAAGCAAAAGCGGAAGUGUGUUUAGAAAUAUGGAUAAAAUUGUAAAUAUAGGGUGUAAAAUAUAAAUCACAGGUGAUAUAAUGCAA